GGAGAGGCUGGCACAUUGGAGGGGGCGUCUUUGAAGAGCAGCAGGUCUUCUGAAGAGUUUGCCCUUUAGUACUCUCCCCAGCACCCAGCACCCAGCACCCAGCACACGGAAAAGGGGGAGGGGGUGGAGGUUGCUGCUGUGAGAAGAAAAACAGCCACAAUAGAGUUUCAACUGCCAUCAAAGAUCGGCUUGCCACCUGCAGCUGCUGCCCAGGAGGAGCAAAGAAGUGCCACCAGCACCCCGCUGGGGAGGUGCCAGUCCAGAGAGGCCAGCAGUGGGCAGCCGGAGCACAGGAAGAGCUCUCUGGGCAGGAGCCAUGGCCCGGCCACCACCCUGCUGGCUGUGGGUUCUGGGGACCCUGGCGGGGCUCUCAGCUACCCCAGCCCCCAAGAGCUGUCCAGAGAGGCACUACCGGGCUCCGGGAGAACUGUGCUGCCCAAUGUGUGAGCCAGGAACGUUCCUCGUGAAGAACUGUGACCAACACAGAAAGGCUACUCAGUGUCAUCCGUGUACACCAGGGGUCUCCUUCUCACCAGACCACCACGCCCGGCCCCACUGUGAGAGCUGUCGGCACUGUCACUCUGGUCUUCUCAUUCGAAACUGCACCCUCAGCACCAACGCCGAGUGUGCCUGCCCCAAGGGCUGGCAGUGCAAAGACAAGGAGUGCACCGAGUGUGAUCCUCCUGCAAACCCCUCGCUGACCCCUCGUCCAUCUCAGGCCCCAAGCCCACACCCACAACCCACCCACUUACCUUACGCCAAAAAGAUGCCAGAGGCCAGAACUGUCCGGCAUGUGCAGACUCUGGCUGACUUCAGGCAGCUGACUGCCCCAGCUCUCUCCACCCACUGGCCACGUGAGUUUUCUCCCCAUUCCCCACCCCCAGAGAGAAAGCACACAGGAUAGUACAGGAGGGAAGCCAGCCAGAAAGCUCCUAGGGCCCAAAGGUCUCUGUGCAACUCAGAAUGCAUCCGCAUCUUUGUGAUCUUCUCUGGAAUGUUUCUUGCUUUCACCGUGGUCGGAGCCCUGUUCCUCUAUCAACAAAGAAAAUACCGACUAAACAAAGGAGAAAGUCCAGUGGCGCCUGCAGAGCCUCUUCCUUACAGCUGCCCCAGGGAGGAAGAGGGCGGCGCCUUCCCCAUCCAGGAGGAUUACCGAAAACCAGAGCCAGCUUCCUACGCCUGAGAAAGCAAGCGCUCGGAGAAGUAGGGGGUCAUCACUGCAGCAAAGCCCUAGCCUCCACCCCACCCCACUGGCCAUCCGGGGAAAUGAGACC